UUAUUUCAGGAUGGAAGGCUAACAUUUCAACCAGGAAGUCAGGUGGUAAAACUUCCUUUCAUCAGCUUCAUGAGAGCACAUGGCACCACCUUUCUGAAUGCCUACACAAACUCUCCCAUUUGCUGUCCAUCACGUGCAGCAAUGUGGAGUGGCCUCUUCACUCACUUAACAGAAUCUUGGAAUAAUUUUAAGGGUCUUGAUCCAAAUUAUACAACGUGGAUGAAUGUCAUGGAGAAGCAUGGCUAUCAGACACAGACAUUUGGAAAACUGGACUAUACCUCAGGACAUCAUUCCGUUAGUAAUCGUGUGGAAGCAUGGACGAGAGAAGUUGCAUUCUUGCUCAGACAAGAAGGCAGGCCUGUGGUAAAUCUUAUCCCUGACAGGAAGAGGAGAGUGAUGAAAAAGGACUGGGACACUACAGACAAAGCAGUUGAUUGGCUAAGGCAGGAGGCAAUUAACUACACCAAACCGUUUGUCCUUUACGUGGGGUUGAACCUACCACACCCUUACCCUUCACCGGCUUCAGGAGAAAACUUCGGCGCUUCCACAUUUCACUCAUCUCCUUAUUGGCUUGAAAAAGUAGCUUAUGAUGCCAUCAAAAUCCCAAAGUGGUUGCCUUUGUCAGAAAUGCACCCCGUGGACUAUUACUCCUCCUAUACAAAAAACUGCACUGGGAAGUUUACUGAAAAGGAAAUUAAGAACAUUAGAGCAUUUUAUUAUGCUAUGUGUGCUGAGACAGAUGCCAUGCUAGGUGAAAUUAUUCUGGCUCUUCGCAAGUUAGAUCUUCUUCAGAAAACUAUUGUUAUAUAUACAUCAGACCACGGAGAGAUGGCCAUGGAACACCGCCAGUUCUAUAAAAUGAGUAUGUAUGAAGCUAGCGCCCAUGUACCUCUUCUGAUGAUGGGACCAGGAAUUAAGGUCAACCUACAAGUACCGAAUUUUGUUUCUCUUGUGGAUAUUUACCCUACUAUGCUCGACAUUGCUGGGAUUGCUCUGCCUCACACCCUGAGUGGAUACUCUUUGUUGACGCUAUCAUCAGAAGCAUCUACAAGUGAGCAGACACCCAAAAUCCACCGUCCGCCUUGGAUUCUGAGUGAAUUCCAUGGAUGCAACGUAAAUGCUUCCACCUACAUGCUGCGAACUGGCCAGUGGAAGUACAUUGCCUACUCUGACGGCGCUUCAGUGCAGCCUCAGCUCUUUGAUCUUUCCUCAGAUCCAGAUGAGCUAAUAAAUGUUGCUGCAGAAUUUCCAGAAAUUAGUCAUUCUUUGGACCAGAAGCUGCGUUCUAUAGUAAACUACCCUAAAGUGUCUGCUUCCGUCCAUCAAUACAAUAGAGAGCAGUUUAUCGCGUGGAAACAAAGUGUAGGACAGAAUUACUCAAAUGUUAUAGCACACCUUAGGUGGCAUCAAGAUUGGCAAAAAGAACCAAGCAAGUAUGAAAGUGCGAUCAACCAGUGGCUCACAGCCCCGCCCAGCAGCAGUAGACUCUCGUGGAACAUUGUGUGAAGGUGUGUCUCUGUGUAUUCAAUUGUAGAUUGUGAAACUGACAGAGCACUAAGUACUAGCUGGAUCUUGGUUUGUUUUUCUA